AACAUGUAGUACAAUAAAAACUACAGCACAAAAAAAAAUCAGUUACCCACAUUUGUUGGAGGUGAUGUUAGUGUGUCACGGGCUCGUUCACAGGCAUUUGGUGACUUAUCAGUCAAUUAUAUUCACUUCAAAUGGCUAGCUGCUAAACUUAACCAUAGACAGUACAGUAUGAAGAUGGGCAGAAAUUGCUUCCCAAAUGGAGAUACCCGAUCACGCUUCUAGGCCAUGUCAUGGCGACGUUGGCUAGCUAAGCUCAUGCGCAGAAACACUUCUGUCUAAUGAUGGUCUCGCUUCGGAAUGCGCACGUGCUGGACGCCGACUUAAAGGCACUCCUUCGAUAAAGUAAUUUUUGACAAAGGAAAACGUGUCAAUUUCACGAGGUUGGAGUAAUAACAUGUUCAAUUACUUAAGACGUGGGCUCGAAUCUAGGUUGUGUAUUGACAUUUCUAGAAAAUUAAUUAAAGAAUACCUUUUCACUUCUGUAAUUGAAUUGUUAAAUCCGAAACCCCGGUCUGUUCUGCUUGCUCUGUUUCGCAAGCGUUCCCGGAAGCCUCGCGAUGUUGCACCCCUGGCUUUAGAAACUGGGUUAGCAUUGUCUUGAAUAUAUUCCUCCGGACUAAACAUCGAGCUUGUUAAAACUUGGUCAUGGUUUCUACAUUUUACAUAAAGUUGAACUACAACAUAAGUUUAAACAAGUUGAGUGCUACCCAACUACAAAAAGUAAAAGUUACCGGCUACGACAGCAGGAUAUUUACUCCCUACUAGCGCUGACGCCACCUAACGUGCUGGCCAGUUCGGUUGACUAACGACGUUAGCCAUUCGAACCUUAGUAGGAGGACGACAUUGCCAAUAAACGUUAUUAGCCAUGGCCAUGUUGUCUUAUGCUAGUUGUUACAUUACCUAGCCAGCUCUUUGUUUGAUAUGUUGUUCGCUUCGCUAGCCAAUUAUCAGUGUUGAAAAUAUAUGGCUGGCUAGCUUUGAGAACAUCGACAGCAGACCACAUUGAGACCCCUGGAAAUCAGCUGACAGCUGCAGGCAGCCAAGGAGACCAGUCAGUGAUGGAUCAACUCAAAGUCAAGGACCGAAUAUUGGAAAACAUUUCUUCGUCUGUCAAGAAGUUGCAGAGUUACUUUGCUGCCUGUGAGGAUGAAACUCCAGCCAUCAGGAAUCACGACCGGGUCCUACAGCGACUGUGUGAGCACCUUGACCAUGCUCUACUCUAUGGGCUGCAGGAUAUCUCCUCAGGUUACUGGGUACUGGUUCUACACUUCACCCGCAGGGAAGUGGUCCGGCAGGUAGACGAGCUCCAGCACAUAGCAACCAACCUUGGGCGAAGUCGUGCCUGGCUAUACCUAGCACUGAGUGAGAGCUCAUUAGAAAGCUAUCUCCGUCUCUUCCAAGAGAACCAAGGAUUGCUGCAGAAGUAUUACUUCAAAAAUGCAUUGGUGUGCAGCCAUGAUCACCUCACACUCUUCCUCACAUUGGUGUCGGGACUGGAGUUCAUUCGCUUUGAUCUGGAGUUGGAUGUCCCUUACUUGGAUGUGGCACCCUACAUGCCGGAGUACUACAAGCCCCAGAAUCUGCUGGACUUUGAGGAGCGCCUUCCCAGCUCUGACAGCCUUUCUCUGCUCUCCUUCACCUCCCUCACCUCUACCAACCUGGAGUGGGACGACAGCGCCAUCGCCCCGUCCAGCGAAGAUUAUGAUUUCGGUGACAUCUUCCCCGUGUUGCAGCCAACUGCAGACUGGGAAGAGGGUGACCUCACCAACCCGGUUAUCUGUCCUCGCUCCAGCGCCUCAGACCCUCAGACGUUCUUCAAAGACUCUGUGAUUCUCCGGGCUGCCAUCAUCCCAGUGAGGGGAACUUCCCCGCCCCGCAGCCCCACCAGACACAACCCCUUCAACGAGGACUCAGACACCAACACCUCGGCCGACAUCACCCCCGUCCACACUGCUAGCCGCCACCCCCACGACACCACCACCACCAUGGACGACACGGAGAGCACCAGCAACGAGCUGGAGGUUAUCAGGAUGGCCAGACGAAGGAAGCCAGCCAAGAAGCGCCAUGUCGUGAAGGGCUCCAGCAACUCCACGGUGAGCAGUGAACAGAACACAGCGGCCUCCGAGCAAGCGGAAGUAGAAGACGGAACUCAGGCGAGAGGGGGAGAGGGGCUGGAUGGAGACUCCUGUAGCCCCUCUGUGGGGCCGCCGCAGGGCUCAGGGGCCGAGACAGUGAGGAGAAGGAGAGGGAUGGGGGAUGAGGAAGGCCAGGAGGAGGAUGAGUCAGAGGGUCUCCUGCGGCUGCCGGAGAUGACUGACACCUCCAUGGACAGUGUGGGCCAGCCCCUACGUGAUGUUAUGGACCGGCUCAAUGGAGCUCUGGACGGGGGCCAGGCCUGGUGGCGACCAGACAGAGAGGAAGAAGAUAAGGGGGAGGAGGGGGAAAAGACCCAUCAGAGUUCCCUCCCUAGAAGGUCCUCCUCUGGCAGCCCUGAAGCCAACUCCCAGCCCCCGGGGCAGCAGCCCUUUCAGGGGGAUCCGAUUAUUGAACCGCCUGACCCGGAAGCUGGGGCCCCCCUCCUGCUGCGCCCUGCUCUGGCCCCGAGCCCCAGCUUCCUGCAGGCCCCUCCGGCCCCUGCAGACUUUUACUGCUUUAUCCCCCACAGUCCAGAUGCUGCUGCCACACGUGGUGGCCACCAUGACACUGCAGGGCAUGGCCAGACGCAGGCUCUUCCUGGUGGCCAUGAAGAUGAGAGAGAGGCAGAGGCACCACCAGGACAGGACCCUUUCUUAGAGGAGGCAGGGGUGGUUGAGAAUGGAUUGCCUGCUGGAGAAACUGAAGAGGACAGGCUCAGUCCAACAGAAAACUCCCAUUCUGCUGAAUUCAAGGUGGACAACAAUCAUCUGCUACUGCUCAUGAUCCACGUCUUCAGAGAGACCGAGGAGCAGCUCUUCAAGAUGGUGAGGAUGAGCACGGGUCACAUGGAGGGAGACCUGCAGCCUCUCUACCUGCUGCUGACUGACUGUUACAUCUACCUGCUGAGGAAAGGUGCAGCAGAAAAGCCCUAUACAGUGGAGGACGCCAUCUCUUACAAUGAGUUGGACUAUGUCUCUGUGGGCGUGGACCAGCAGACGGUCACGCUGGUCUGCACAAACCGAAGACGGCAGUUUCUCCUGGACACAUCCGACUCCUCGUUGACUAUCUGGUUCCUGGCAGCCCUGAAGUCGGCCAUGAUUAAGGGGUGCAGGGAGCCUCCUUACCCCUCGGUGCUGACCGAUGCCACCAUGGAGAAACUAGCCCUCACUAAGUUUGUCUCCCAGGAGUCUCACUGUGAGGUUUCUGAAGUGGUCAUCCGCCUGUAUUCUUUGGUCCACUGGGAGGACCCCAUGGAUAUGACUCUGGCCCCCCAGACAGCCUUGGUGGGUGCUGGAGACUCCUCCAGCACUAAAGAGGGCCCCUUACUCUACAGAGCUGGCACCACCUACCUGGGCAAGGAGCUCUGGAAGAGCUGUUACCUCGUACUGAGCAAUGGGAAUCUGUACCAGUAUACAGAAAAGAGUGAUGCGACACCACUGAUGUCCAUCACUAUGGGGGGUGAGCACUGCGGAGGUUGCCGGCGCUCCAACAGCACAGAGCUGCCUCAUGCCUUCCAGGUGAUCCUCACAGAGCGGCCUCCUCUGGUGCUGAGCGCUGACAAUGAGGGAGACAUGUCCGACUGGAUGCUGGUGCUCUGCCAGUCAGUCUCCAAAGGGGUGAUCCCCCAGGGAGUGCCGCCCACGCCGUGUAUCCCCUGUUGCCUGGUGGUGACGGACAGGGAGUUGCUGACAUGCCACCAGGACUGCCAGACCAGCUUCUUCCGCUCACUGGGCGGGGCUGAGCUCUCUGACAUUAGUUCUGUCAGUCUGGAGGAUGACAAGGAGUAUUGUGUUGUUGAGUUUGCAUCGGACCGAGCUCAGUUCCUGCCUCCCUGGGUGCUGUACUUCAGUGGCUGUGAAGAAAGAGACCGCCUGCUGGAGGCACUAGAGAGUGUCUGGAGAGACAUUUUCCAGGUGUGUCUGCCUCGUAGGAGGGUGUCAGAGCCGUUGGUGCAGAAGCGUUGUGGCGAUGCCCUGGCUCUGAUGAGGAGCGCCUGGCAGAGGAGUGACAGCCUUGCCCGGGGACGCGCCCAGAGAGAGCCCUGGUGCUGAUGGACAAACAGACAGGUGGACGGACAUAUAGGACAAAAGGCUUUCACUAGCACUCCUACUCUAAACACCAGGAUUCGGGUCAAUCGCAUUCAAAAUCUGUAAAUUCUGGAAGUGGAUAGAAAUUGGACCAUUAUUUUCUAUGAGGAUUUUUUUCGAUCAUUGAAUUGAAUUUGUUUGGGAGACAGAGUUUUAAUGGAAUUCACACCAAACCUGUUAAUUAUGACAAUAGCCAAAUAGAGGGAAACACACUCCGUUUUGUGUACAUCAUGAAGAUUAUAAGUAUACGAGGGGUCGCAUCAUCAUCAUCAGAUGUAGCGAGACGAAUGUCAGUUUGAAUCUCAGUUCACACUCCUGGCCUUCACAAAUAUCAAGCCGGACGUUAGGGUAGGAAGUGCACCCCUUACCCAAUAGAAUAAGAUGUUGUUCGCAAACAGCUUUAAGGUGUUAUUUUGAACCUUAACGACUGCACGACGUUUAUAGUGUGGUGUAUGGUGCAGUAUAGUAUUGACUUAUAUUAUAAUCAAUCCGUACUCAAAUGUACAUUGCCCAUCCCUCCAUGAAUCCAAACAUACAUUGGUUUCUGCUCAUAUAGGUUGUCUAUUGAAAAAUACCUCACAAAACUCAACCCUUCUCUCCAAUGCACGGGUUGUGAUGGAUAUUUUGCUCAAGGAUCAACGGUCACUUGAAGUGGCCUAAACUAUGAAGAAUGUCUAUGGAGAGUUUACCACUUGGACUGUGACGUUAACAGCACUCGUCUAUUGCCUUUGUCAGCCAUGUUGGUUUACCAUUGGGUUUUCCACUUUUAGUUAUGAUGGUUUGGCAGGUCAAAGUCAGUAUUGGAGUAUCAUAGUGGGGAAAGGGAUAACCUAGCAUGGAUACACUUUUAACAAGAAUGAUGAGAGGAGAGACUAACUUGCCAUCGAAUGCGAGAUUGCACAUUGCUUUUGGGUUUGGUCCAUGUUGUUCGAUUUUGAGGGGACUGAUAAGUUCAUUGGGGUUGUGUGCAAAGUUCAUGUUCAGUGUUGCGUUUUACUUUUAAGCAAAUAGUUGUUUAUUUGUAACACGACUUGUUAUUGUAGUGUAAUUGUGUGCAAUUUAUAAAGGGGAUAAGUUUACUUUAAUUUUAUUGUUUUUGUUCUAGUCUUUGUUAUUUGAGUGAGUACUCCUUUAUCAGGUGAGUGUCUGUCAUUGCAGUUUUAGAUGUUGAGAGUGGCCUGGUCAAGAUGUGGGAAGUGUCAAUGUAGUUAUGUUCUACGUCUGGUGGAGGUAUCAGUGCAUCCCUACUUUAUUAUUCUCCCUGUAGUUUUGAUGUUGCUCAGAAGAGAAGGUCGUAGUUAGUUAUUUCGUCCCAUUGGGAGAACACUCAAUGAAGUGGUAAUAUCGCUGUUGAGACACAACAGACCAUUGCUUUUCUAGUCAACUAGAAAAAUCUAGUUGACUAGUGAUUAUACUACUUCAUUCAUAUGAUUUGUCAUUGCAUCAAUCCAAUUUACCCCUGAAACAAUCUAUCCCCCACCUCAUAUUCUAUUCAUACAUAAGUAAAAGCAAAUCAUCCUCACAAAUAUUAUUUUGACAAUGUAGCUAAUUGCUGAUGUAGACAUGUCAAAAUUCAAUUUUUGUGUUGCUAUUGGCGAGAAGAGAAUUUAUCCAAUGCCAUUGCUAUCCUGGAAUUGCUAUCCUGGAAUUGCUCUAUCAUCAGGAGAAGGUUUCUGGAGGCUUUCAGCUUCAUUGCCAGUUGCUCCUGAUAAUCAUGUGGCCUUUUUCAUUACCUUAAUUUGAUUGGAGAUAUUGGCCUCAGGCCCAAUUUUUACCAAAUAAAGUAUUACUCUUGAAUGUGGCCUUAUACUGCUGUUGAGAAUUGGGCUUCUGACAAGUCAUAAUACACACACUGUUUAAGUGUCAGUAUAAGACCUAUGUGUGUUCCUUGUCUAACCAUUGUAUUAUAGUAAUAGUAGUAAACAUAUUCUCUGCUUUGAGCAUUGUGGUCUUGCCUCUAUUCUGCUUUUUCUGUAGGCGUGGGAAGCCAACAUCCUAGUAUUUUGCAUCUCAGGUUAGAAAUGGUACAAAUAAUUUAAAGGUAGUAGCCUAGAUCCCAUGCAGAAAAGACCCAACACCUCAAGCCAGGGGUAACCGUGUCCUACAUUUUAGUUUCAACUGACUUGUCAUUUUAUAUCUCCUUUCGUCUUUUGUUGGUACCUAUCCUAUACUUAAGUCUAUUUUAGAGAAAUGUACAAUUACGGUACUUAUACACUACCGUUCAAAAGUUUGGGGUCACUUCGAAAAUUAAUUGUUUUUGAAAGAAAAGCAAAACAAAAUUGUCAAUUUUUAAAAUAACAUCAAAUUGAUCAGAAAUACAGUGUAGACUUUGUUAAUGUUGUAAAUUACUGUUGCAGAGUUGCAAAGAAAAAGCCAUAUCUCAGACUGGCCAAUAAAAAGAAAAGACUAAGAUGGGCAAAAGAGCACAGACACUGGACAGAGGAACUCGGCCUAGAAGGCCAGCAUCCCGGAGUCGCCCACUGUUGACUGUUGAGACUGGUGUUUUGCGGGUACUAUUUAAUGAAGCUUCCAGUUGAGGACUUGUGAGGCGUCUGUUUCUCAAACUAGACACUAUAAUGUACUUGUCCUCUUGCUCAGUUGUGCACCAAGGCCUCCCACUCUUUCUAUUCUGGUUAGCGCCAGUUUGCAAUGCUCUGUGAAGGGAGUAGUACACAGCGUUGUGAGCUUCAGUUUCUUGGCAAUUUCUCGCAUGGAAUAGCCGCAAUUUCUCAGAACAGGAAUAGACUGAUGAGUUUCAGAAGAAAGGUAUUUGUUUCUGGCCAUUUUGAGCCUGUAAUCAAACCCACAAUGCUGAUUUCCAGAUACUCAACAACAGUUUUAAACUGCUAACAUAAUUGCAAAAGGGUUUUGUAAUGAUCAAUUAUCCUUCUAAAUAAUAAACUUGGAUUAGCUAACACAACUUGCCAUUGGAACACAGGCCUCCCUGUGCCAAUGUAGAUAUUCAAUUUUUUUUUUAAAUCUGCCGUUUCCAGCUCCAAUAAUCAUAUACAGCAUUAACUUCUUGACGCUACCAUCCCUGUCGCGCGAUCAUUUUCGUCAGAAACCGCUGAAUAGCAUAGCGCAACAGUCAAAUAAUAUUACUAAAAAAUAUUAAUAUUCAUGAAAUCACAAGUGCAAUAUUGCAAAACACAGUUUAGCCUUUUGUUAAUCCACCUGUCGUCUCAGAUUUUGAAAUUAUGCUUUACAGCGAAAGCAAAAAGUUUGUAAGUUUAUCGAUAGCCUAGCAUAGCAUUAUGUACACGUAGCAUCAGGAAGCUUGUUCCCGAAAUUAAAUUAACCGUUUACCUUUGAUCUUCGGAUGUUUUCACUCACGAGACUCCCAGUUACACAACAAAUGUUCCUUUUGUUCCAUAAAGAUUAUUUUUAUACCCAAAAUACCUCUGUUUGUUUGUCGCGUUAUGUUCAGAAAUCCACAGGAAAGAGUGGUCACGACAACGCAGACGGAAAUUCCAAAUAGUCUUCAUAAUGUCCACAGAAACAUGUCAAACGUUUUUUAUAAUCAUUCCUCAGGUAGUUUUUAAAAUAUAUAUUUGAUAAUAUAUCAACCGAGUGUGUAGGUUUUUCAAUAACAGCGGGAGGAACAAAAGCCUGAAACUAUGUCUAAAGACUGUUGACACCUUAGGGAAGCCAUAGAAAAAGGAAUCUGGUUGAUAUCCCUUUAAAUGGAGGAUAGGCAUGCAUAGGAACAGAGAGGUUUUAAAAUAAGAGGCACUUCCUGAUUGGAUAAGAUUUAGAUGCACUAUUGUAAAGUGGCUGUUCCACUGGAUGUCAUAAGGUGAAUGCACCAAUUUGUAAGCCGCUCUGGAUAAGAGCGUCUGCUAAAUGACUUAAAUGUAAUGUAAAUGUAAGUGUAAUUUUCCUCAGGGUUUCACCUACAAUAUCAGUUCUGUUAUACUCACAGACAAUAUUUUGACAGUUUUGGAAACUUUAGAGUGUUUUCUAUCCUAAUCUGUCAAUUAUAUGCAUAUUCUAGUUUCUUUCCCUGAGAAAUAGGCCGGUUACUUUGGGAAUGUUAUUUUUCCAAACAUAUACUGCCCCCUAGCUUCAAGAGGUUAACAAUGUCGACACUGUAUUUCUGAUCAAUUUGAUGUAAUUUUAAUGGACAAAAAUGGCACUUUUCUUUCAAAAACAGAACAUUUUUAAGUGACCCCAAACUUUUGAACGGUAUUUGAAAAGUUUGUCAAUAUUUGAUUGAGGAAAGGAAAUAUGAAGCAUCUUGGAAUCGUAUGCAGAGUUAAGUGAAGUUUGUUGUUAUGAACAGUAAUUUGAAUGUUGGACAUUGCUGGCCGAUGGUGGAUUACAUAUUUUUAUUGACUAGUUCUUACAUUUAGUUUUUAUAUCUACAGUACCAGUCAAAAGUUCAGCCACCGACUCAUUCCAGGGUUUAUCUUUAUUUGGACUGUUUUCUACAUUGUAGAAUAAUAGUGAAGACAUCAAAACUAUGACAUGACACAUAGGGAAUCAUGUAGUAACCAAAAUUGUUCAAAAUAUAUUUGAGAUUCUUCAAAGUAGCCCCCCUUUGCCUUGAUAACAGCUUUGCACGCUCUUGGCAUUCUCUCAACCAGCUUUAUGAGGAAUGCUUUUCCAACAGUCUUGAAGGAGUUCCCACAUACGCACAUACACUUGUUCGUUGUUUUUCCUUCACUCUGUGGCCCAACUCAUCCCAAACCAUCUCAAUUGGGUUGAGGUCGGGUGAUUGUGGAGGCCAGGUCAUCUGAUGUAGCACUCCAUCACUCUCCUUGGUCAAAUAUCCCUUACACAGCCUGGAGGUGUGUUUUGGGUCAUUGUCCUAUUGAAAACCAAUGAUAUUCCCACUAAGCAAACCAGAUGGGAUGGCGAAUCGUUACAGAAUGCUAUCGUAGCCAUUCUGGGUGUGCCUUGAAUUCUAAAUAAAUCAGACAGUGUCCCCAACAAUGCACCCCACAACAUCACACCACCACCUCCAUGCCUCACGAUAAGAACCACACAUGCAGAGAUCAUCCGUUCACCUACUCUGCAUCUCACAAACACAGCGGUUAGAACCAAAAAUCUCAAAUUUGGACUCAUCAGAUCAAAGGAAAGAUUUCCACUGAGUACAUUGCUCGUGUUUUUUGGCCCAAGCAAGUCUGUUCUUCUUAUUGGUGUCCUUUGGUAGUGGUUUCUUUUCAGCAAUUCCACCAUGAAGGUCUGAUUCACCCAGUCUCUGAACAGUUGAUGUGUCUCUUACUUGAACUCUGUUACAUUUAUUUGGGCUGCAAUCUGAGAUGCAGUUAACUCCAAUGAACUUAUCCUCUGCAACAGAGGUAACUCUGGGUCUUCCUUUGCUGUGGCUGUCCUCAUCAGAGCCAGUUUCAUCAUAGCGCUUGAUGGUUUUUGCGACUGCACUUCAAGAAACUUCCAAAGUUAUUGAAAUAUUCUGCAUUGACUGACCUUCAUGUCUUAAAGUAAUGAUGGACUGUCUUUUCUCUUUGCUUAUUUGAGCUAUUAUUGCCAUAAUAUGGACUUUGUCUUUUACCAAAUAGGGCUAUCUUCUGUAUACCACCCAUACCGUGUCACAACACAACUGAUUGGCUCAAAUGCAUUAAGAAGGAAAGAAAUUCAACAAAUUAACUUUAACAAGGCACACCUGUUAACUGAAAUGCAUUCCAGGUGACUGCCUCAUGAAGCUGGUUGAGAGAAUGCCAAGAAGUGUGCAAAGCUGUCAAGGCAAAGGGUGGCAACUUUGAAUAAUGUAGAAUAAAACAUAUAUUUUGAUUUACCACUUUUUUUGGUUACCACAUGAUUACAUUACAAUGUAGAAAAUAGUAAAAAUAAAGAAAAACCCUGGAAUGAGUAGGUGUGUCAACUUUUGACUGGUACUGUAUGUAUAUUGUUUUAGCAGUUAUUUUUUUCAUUAUAUAAACAAUAAUGGGAUGAAUCUAUUGUAUGCUAACCCUCCUGCAUGUAUUGAAUGUUUUUAUAUUGUACAUAUGAUAAUGAAUGUAUGAAAAAAGGCUUGUGAAUAGGACUACAUUAAUAAAAUAAUUAAAACCUUAA